AUGUCUGAUUUGACUCCUCUUUUCAGGCAAUGUGUUAGUAUAGUGGAAGCAGCAACGAAAGAAGUUACAAACGAGAAAGAACAGCACCUGAAAAGCACCAAGAAACCCAAUGAAUUGCCCAGCUCCAAGGUGAACGAGCAGUUCAAGAUUAACGAUACCUUUCUCAAAGAGUGCCUAGAAUUCAGAGUUCUCUUAUCCAAAUUGGAUCAGUUUGUAACUGAAGUUCGUACGUACUACCUUGAAGUUCAAGAUACUACGAGCCGGCCAGACUCGCUCUCCAUUGAGGACAAGAAUAAGAUCGACGAAGACUUCCAGGCCGAGAUUCAGCAAUUGUUCAAGAAAUUGAAAUUGCUCCAGAACUACGAAAGAGAGAGGCAAAAUAGAGCAAAUUCUACUAUUAAGGCACGUAGUGCUGGAUCAGGCUGGAUGGGUAGUAUCUUCGGAAGUGGUAAUGACGAAGAAGAUGACUGGGUUUUGUUCCAAGCAACGACUAGCACGCACAGAACACAAGUGCUCAAGUCGUUGAACAACUUGACGAAUAACGUCAACAAAAAGUUUGAAAAGAUGCAGAUCAAGAGAUACCAAAGAGAAAGACAGUUAAACUUGUUGAACUUCCAGAAUUUGGGUGAGCAUGAGUACGAUCUCGAUGACUUCAAUGUUCCUUCUGAAGAACCAUAUGUAAUAAAUACAAGCAACAUACCGCCGGAAGAGUUAGAGAGUAUGGACCGAGCUGGUUCUCCUGCCUCUGGUCUUCUUCUAAGCCAGGAACAAGUGCAGUCACUCGAUGCAGAAAACCAGGAAUUCUUGACUCUCAAGACGAAUCAAUUUCAGCAAGUUGAGAAGCUUCGUGGGUCCAUGAUGGACAUAGUGAAGCUACAGGCUGAACUUACGUUCCAACUCGAAAGUCAAUCAGAGCAGAUCGAGAACUUGCUAGACAACCAAGGACAAAUCGAAUUGGACGUUAAAAUGGGUAAUAAGAGCUUGACAAAUGCUACAUCUAGGAAUAAGACGGGUUCUAGAAUAAUAAUAACUACUAGUAUAGUAGUAGCACUCUUGAUAUUGUUUUUGGACUAUAUAACAUAG